CCUUGUUCCACCAAGACCCAAAGAGUACCAUCUUCUUUCAAUGAAGCUUGCAGCACAAGGCACUUGCUGAGAGGGUCUGYUUCAGACUCCAAAACACUUCUCAGGAAAAGCAGCAACACAUUGCAAGGCUUGAGGAUUUCCAGUUCAUCAGUGGCAGGUCAAGAAGGAGCACCUCUUCUAAUGCUAUGAAAGGAAACCUCUAAGSCCUACCUCUGUACCAUUAACUAUUGUCCUCUACAAGACCUGSAAAGCAUGAAGGCUGUAGCUCUCUUCAUUUAUCUUGUAGGACCAGCUCUUGCUAUUCCAACCCAUCCUGUAAACCACAAGCUCAGAACUCACAGACAGAAAACUCCAGAAAAGAGUGAAUAUAUCCAUCCUGAAGCCUCAAAGGAAGAGAACACAGGAUAUGUAGAUAAGGGUGAUUUGCUGCCCAGUCACAGAAACUUAAAACCAGAGGUAUCAGUACCARGCACUGAAUACAGGGAUGAGCCUCAGACCAUCAGGAAACAAGGAAGAACUGGCAGUGAGCAUCAAGUGAAAAACGGCCUGAAAAGCAUCGAUUUCCUUGCACUGCACAAUAAACUAGGUUUGGCUUCUGAUAACCAGGACAGUGACUCUGGGAGCAGCGGCAGAGGACAGUCCAGCUCCGAGCAUGAGCAGCUCAGGAAGCGUGAGAAACAUGGGAACACGGCAAACCGACACCUUCCAGGCCACCCAGAACACCCAGCGGGCACUUUCAGCCAUGAUCGUGAGCAUAACAUGUGGAAAUACAACAAAAAUGCUGUUGGCCUGUCUGAAAAAAACAGUGAAAGCRAUGAAGAGGAAAGUAUGGAAGAAGAGGAUGAGGAAUGGGGUGAAGAAACUGAUUACAGAGACAAAAAGCACAAAGSCCACCGGAAACGUCAAGGUGACCGAUACAAAAGACAGCAGCAUGAGAGCAGCAUGCAAUUGGAUGAACUCCUGAGAGAUUCCCUGAGAGAUUCCAGCCAACCAACCCGGAAAACCAAGAGACAUGGAGAGAAAUUUGACCUAGAAGGAGAAGAGAGUGAGAACAGCCAGAAGAAGACCUAUAAGGAAGAAAUCCCCUCCUCCCAAAAAUCCCAUAAUGAAUACCAGGAUGGCAAACAGCAAAGUCAAGAGAGACAAGAUGAUAUUCAAGUGAACUAUGAGAGUGAUCAUGACACAGUGGUGAAAAUACAAGAUGGGGAAGACAGCAAUGAUGAUGAUGAUGGUCAYGACAGUGGUGACAUUGAUGGUGAAGAGUAUCUCAGCAAUACCUGGAAAGAAGCAGCCUUUGAGGAAGAGGAAAGAAUCCAGAGUAAUGACCAGGAGAGCACCAGUACUGAGCAUGAAGGGGAAGGAACCACUGAAGGUGGCACUGAAGCUCAUGGAGAGACUGAGGAUUACCAAAUUGUCAAGAUUAAAGACCUUGCUCACUCUGAAGAUGAUUAUGAUAAUGAACCACCUAAUUCUGAAAACAAGCAACAACUGAAAAUGAGCAGCUCUGCUCAGAGMAUUAAUCCAAUGGAAAGUGAAGAUAAGGUCAAGACUACAGGCAGUUCCCAUGGUGAGAUGGAAAGUGCCAGCAACAGGAAUGAGAAGGUUCUCCUUGGAUUGCCAARCCCAUGUCGGAACUUCCACUGCAAAAGAGGCAAAGUCUGUCAUGCAGACAAACAAGGGAAACCCUUCUGCAUUUGCCAAGAUCCUGCUGCAUGCCCUCCCACCAAAGACUAYGAGCAUGUUUGUGGUACAGAUAACAAAACCUAUGAAGGCACAUGUCAGCUCUUUGGCACCAAAUGUCAACUGGAAGGGACRAAAAUGGGACGCCAGCUGCACCUAGACUACAUGGGCUCCUGCAAAUACAUCCCCCCCUGUACUGAUUAUGAAGUGGAUCAGUUUCCCCUCCGGAUGCGAGACUGGCUUAAGAACAUCCUUGUUCAAUAUUAUGAACGUGACCUSAACACUUCUGGAAUUCUAACUGAAAAGCAAAGGAAUAAGGUCAAAAAGAUCUACCAGAAUGACAAACGCCUUGUGGCUGGUGACCACCCGGUCGAGCUGCUCCUGCAYGACUUUGAGAAAAACUACCACAUGUAUGUGUAUCCUGUGCACUGGCAGUUUCACCAGCUUGAUCAGCACCCUGUUGAUAGAUUAUUAACACACUCKGAGCUCGCACCUUUGAGAGCCUCCCUGGUUCCCAUGGAACACUGCAUAACCCGUUUCUUCCAAGAGUGUGAUGGAGACCAGGACAAACUCAUUGCUUUGAAGGAAUGGUGCCACUGCUUUGGGAUUAAGGAAGGUAAACUUAAAAGAACAAGCAGACGUGCCUGA